AUGCUGUGUCAGGGUGUUCUCCAGUUUGGUCAGAAGCUGGUCCGCAGGCGGCCUCUGGAACUCAUAGAGGAGUCUAAGAGUCCCAGAGCUCAUCUGAACAUCCUUGACCUGGUGGAACUAGGUGUGAGCAGGAUGUUGAGAGCUGGCGUGUACAUCCUGGUUGGUGCGGUGGCCAAGUACAUAGCUGGACCAGCAACCAUCAUCUGCUUCUUGGUGGCCGCCCUGUUUUCUAUGUUGUCUGGGUUCUGCUAUGCCGAAUUUGGGGCCUGGGUACCACGCCCUGGUUCUGUGUAUCUCUACAGCUAUGUCACAAUGGGUCAACUGUGUGCCUUCAUCAUUGGCUGGAACCACAUACUGUCCUUAGUCAUCGGCACUGCCCGUUUGGUCAAGGCCUGGAGCUACAUCUUUGACAGUCUAAUUGGGAACCACAUCUCUGUGGUGCUGCAGGGAACUUUCUCUCUGCAUAUGCCCUCCUUCCUGGCCAAGUACCCAGACGUUGUCGGCCUGGCCCUGGUGCUGCUGAUGACUGGGGUACUGGCUCUGGGAGCUCGUGAGUCGCCCCUGGUCACCAGAGUGUCUACAGGCAUUAGCCUUUUGGUUCUCAUCUUCAUCUCCAUCAUUGGCUUCAUUAAGGGGGAUCUGCACAACUGGCAGCUCACAAAACAGGACUACAGAUUAAACACAUCUGGAUCCAGUGACACCUAUGGCUUAGGAGGGUUGGGCUCUCUGGGUUCUGGAGGAUUCAUGCCCUUUGGCUUUGAGGGGAUUCUCCAGGGAGCAGCUAUAUGUUUCUACGCAUUUUUUGGUGUUGAUUCCACUGCCACUAGAGGGGUAGAAACUCUAAAUCCUCAUCGUUCCAUCCCCUUGAGCAUGGUGAUCUCACUCUUCAUCUGCUUUUUGGCAUAUUCUGGUGUCUCAGCGGCCCUCACCCUCAUGGUGCCCUACUACCAGAUUCAGCCUGACAACCCUUUGCCACAAGCUAUUCUCCACGGUUGGUGGGCCCCGGCCAGAUAUUUCGUGGCUGUUGGCACCCUCUGUACUCUUACAUCCAGACUGUAUAGUGCCAUGUUCAGAAUGCUUCGGUUGAUCAAAGAAAUGGCUGAAGAUGGGCUCCUUUUCCAGGGACUUGCCCAGAUCCAUGCCCGCACAGGCACCCCCCUCAUGGCCAUCAUGUCUGCUGGAAAUCUCAUGGGGAUCAUGGCAUUACUCAUCAGCUACACAGAUCUUGUGGACCUCAUGUCAGUUGGAACCCUGCUUGCUUACUCCCUGGUGGCUUUUUCUGUUCUUGUCCUCAGGUACCGACCAGAACAGAAUUUCAGCAAGAAGGAGAAAACAGAGGAGGAAAUUGAGAUGCCUGAUCCUGAUGAAAUUUCUUUGGAAUCUGUACCUGAAGCCAGAACCUCAAAGAUUCUCAAGAGCCUGUGUGACCCUCUUGACACCAUCCCUACUCUGGCAUCUGGCCAGAUUGUCUAUGGAUAUGCCUUACUGCUUGUUCUCCUGCUGACCAUCCUGAGCCUGGUGCUGGCCCAGUGGCCCAGCCGCGUGUUCUCUGGAGACCCCGUGUCCACAACAGCGGCUGUGCUGCUGCUGCUGCUCAUCGUGGGGGUCACGGUCAUCAUUUGGAGGCAGCCCCAGAGCCCCGCUCCUCUUUAUUUUAAGGUCCCUGCUUUGCCUGUCUUCCCCCUGCUGAGCAUCUUUGUGAAUGUUUACCUGAUGACACAGAUGACCUCUGGGACCUGGACCAAAUUUGGCAUCUGGAAUGCCAUUGGAUUUGUCAUAUACUUUGGAUAUGGGAUCCGACACAGCUUGAGGGAGAACAGUGAUCAAAAGCCAUCAGUCCACCUCCCAGACUCUUAA